CCACCCCCGCCCAAGCGUGGACAGCAGCUUCCUCGGCCGUUGCCAACACCGCCGACCAUCGUGACUGUAGCCCCGGGUAGGCUGGGCGGUAAUCUUAGGUGGUGCUGCUUAACUUAUGCAAAAAGCGGAUGACACGUUAAGUUACACAUUCCUUCCUGCGUAUUCAGCGCCGGUAAGCGGGGUGCUCCGCAACAAGGUCGAGAGCCCGGCGCAAGCCAAACUCAAGCCCCGCGAGGAGCAGGGCGUGAGCUGCGUCGUACUCCUGGCGCCCGACGACCAGCGAGGCCAGGCUGCCGACAGUCCGGGGCCGGCAUCGUCGGUGUGCUUCAGUCUGGAAGAGGACGACGAGGACAAGAAGAGGCGGGGGGAGGCGGAGGCGGGGACGGUGCCCAGGAGAGGCAUCCUGGGGCGUCCCCUCAGCAAGACACCUAACGGGGCCCAGGGCAAGGAUGAAGCUGCAAAGGGUGGAAUUGCUGAUGACAAAGGUGUAAAGACGGGCGAACAGGUGAACAAGAAAACGGUACAAGAUGGGCGGCAUGGGGAACGGAAAGACGAGAAAGUCGGCCCUGGUUUCAGCGGAAGCAGUUUAAUGACACUACACCGGAGCGCGCCAGCAGAUUACAGCAGCAGCAAAAUCAACACGCUAGUGGUCCCCGGCCUAGUCCGGCCGUCCUCGUCGGUGUGCUUCAGCCUGGAGGAGUACGAGAAGGAGCAGGCAGAUGAGGAGCAGGAGGCCUUGCAGAGGAGGAGAGGCUUGGUCCAGGCGAAGGCUAACAAGCCCGCCAGGCCGCCCGGGCAGUACCGGCCCCACGCCCUGCACGGCCCGUACGGCCCACACCGGCCGUACGGCGCCAAGCGCAGCACAUCCGCCGCCCGCCUCGCCUGGUGGAGGCGGUCACCGCCACCCUCCGCGCAACCCCCGGGUAAGACGUUGCCUAAACUUAGCUUAGCGCUUAGCGCCGUAAGGUGGAAAGCGAGGCUGGCCUGCCUGACCACCCGCAUCUGUCCAGGGCGCAGCAUCCGCCCCGAGGCCCCCGGUCCGGCGGCUGGCACCGGCGCGGUGGACGAGGAGGGCCUCCGCGGCUGCCUGCGCUGCGUCGAGUACCGCGCCAGCCCGCGAGCCGCCCACCGGGCCGCCGCCGGGCCCCGUCUACCCGUGCGCCUCAGGAUCGGCUCCUCGCGCCAGUCGCGGCUGGGGGUGCAGCUGCGCGCCUACGACGGCGGCCAGCCGCACCGACACAGGUCGCCGCACCGUCGGGCGCUCCAGGACGACGCGGAGGACUCCGCCUCCAGGCCCGCCUCGAGGGUCGGUUCAUCCGUGUCGCCGAGGGUCCAGUCGAGGGCGAGCGUCUACGUCGGUGCGGUCAAGUCCAACAUCCACCUGGCUAAGAUCUACGCCAAGACGGACCUGGUGACGGCCGCGGCGCGCCACUCUGCGCGCCCUCCGCCGGCGCGGGGUGCGCCGCACCGGCCGCUGCAGCACCUGCCCACCUGCCCGCGCUACGACGGGCCCGACCCCGGGGACGCCAAGCAGCUGCUGACGCUGUUCGAGUCGCGCGCGGCGGGGCAGGCCAACCGGCGGGCUGCCGCGCAGACCGCGCGCGACCACCGGGAUUACCUGGCGCACCUCAGCGAGUACGUCCGGGCGAUCUCCAAGGGCCCGCGGCCCGCGACCGUCAUCCGGAACCAGCUUCGCGUCGUGCGCGACGCGUCGCCCGGGGCUGCCAAGCAGCAGCCGUCGCCAAGAACCUCCCGAGGUGCAGCGACUCACCGAGACCGCUAUUACCGACCUCCUGAACACGCUGGCCGCGAGCAGCUCCGGUGGCGCGAGCCCCUGGCGAUCCUGGACGUGCAGGAGUCCGAGCCCCCAUCCCCGCCGCACAGCGCGGCCCGGCACAAAAGGGAGCCCACGCACUCUACCCACCGCAAGCACACCUGCAGGGAUAGCCGCUCCCAACGGCCGCGUGGCAGGCGGAGGGCGAUGUCCCCGUCGAGCCCGGCCGCGUCCCCCGUAGACUUCAGGACGGAGCCCUUCGAGACUCCUGAAACUGCACCUGGGGCCGACCACGGCGAUGCGACCCCGCAAAACAACACCAUCUGCUCCUUCAUCUGCGAAUACUGCAGGAAACUACGACAAAUGCUGUGACGCAUGCUUAACCGACCAAACGACAGCGGACCAUAGCACCUCCGGCCAUAUAAUUUUUAAAUCGUAUUUUUAAUUUGUUUGUAACGCAUGUUCUACAUUAUCAAAAGUGUGAUUUUAGUUGGCUGUCUUUGCUGCUUAUUUCACUGGUGAAAGGUGAAAAGAGCGUAAGUCCUCGGGCUUCAUAUUGGACUUUACGCCAUUUCCACUUUUUACCGGUGAGAGGACGUGAGAGGCGAUACCCCACGGUCUGGGUUGACUUCAGCCGGAGGGCGGGGACACCCCGCGCCCAAGGCACGCCCCCUACCUGUUGCGCGGGCGACACGGCGUGGCACCGCAGCGCGCGGACGCGGCAUCACACCAUCGCACUGGCCGAGAGCGGGGAGGGUGGCGGAUCUAGUCAUCAUCCUACGGCUCCAUCGCUUUUUAUCGCGACUCCUCCACCUAGCCGUUAAUCCACAAGUAAAACAGAAAAGUCGAUGGCACGAAAUGAGUUUGUAUACAUCCUGCCCGGUGUAAGACGCGGAUCGGGCCCGCGCCCCAACCCCAGAGCCGUUGCCCGGGCGACAUGUCGCGUUGAGUCGAUGCGCGUGCGUCCCCCUCCCGCCGCGCCCGCCGCGCCCGCCGCGCCCAGCCGCGCCCAGCCGCUCGCGGCCGUAUUGUUGGCGGCGCCGGCGCCCGGGACGCCCGUCGUCCGCUCAGGUCGCCGCACACGGCGGGGAGCGACAUGUUCUGGGGCUACACGCCGGCGCUGGACGUGCUCCGGGAGUACUUCUGGUGGCGCGACAAGCCGCCGUGCCCGGACGUGCCCGGCGAGGGGCAGGGCCGCGAGGCCGCGGGCGACCCCGGUGGCGACGCGGCCGAGCCGGUGGGAGGGGUCACCAUCACCGAGCUCACGGACCCCGCCGAUUGGCAGCAGUCGCAGGAAGUGGUGCACGAAGGCCAUGUCGAAGAAGACGACGCUCCAGAUGACGGUGGGGGACGAGUCGUCGGCGAGCUGCUGCUCCCAGCUGGCGGAGCUGCCGCCGCGCCGCUCCAAGGGCACCUGCACGGGGAACGUGGUGGUGGCCGAGAUGCCGGAGAGCCGCGCCAAGGUGCAGGUCGACAACCGGGACCCGUGCCGCCCGCGGAUGGUCAUCUCGGUGGACGACAUGUCCAUCUCGAUGGAGCAGUCGUCGUGCAGCCGCGCGACGGGCGCCCGGGGUGCGAGCGUGACCACGCUGUGCGUGCAGACUGCCAAGCCGGGCCACUGCUGCCGCCACCACUGCCCGCCCAAGACCAUCUUCGAGACGCAGCUCGUCAUGAGGAAGUAGCGACGCCGCCCCACCGUGGCCGAGCGGCGAGGGUCUCGGGGGCCGCCGGCGAUCCUCUGGGCCUCUUCGAGGUGGAGCCGAAACGCCAGGACCACGAGAGGUGAGGUUCAGUGAUUUAGUGGACGCUGUCAUCGGUUACCUUUCAUCUCCUCCCGGAUCGUAUCAAUAACUGCAGGAUGUAAACACUCCCCUCGGGACACCUUCCCGUCAAGCCACCCCACCCCUCCCUCCCCGAAACGCAGAAGUUGUUCCUGUUCCUUCCUCUUGCCCCCUUGCCCCUUCUUUUCCUUGACUCUUGCAUGCCGAGCCUUGGUUGGUCGAUUGCUGUCAAACAAGGGAAG